AUGACUAAAAGCAACGGGACUAGAAAGAAAGUCCAGCUUUCUUAUAUUCUCAAUCGCACUCUGAGAAAAGCUUCGUUCAAAAAGAGAAAAGCUUGUAUUGUGAAGAACUUAGAUGAACUCACUACCCUGUGCGGCGUUGAGGGUUGUACAAUCAUUUAUAGUGAAUUUGAUUCACAACCUGAUGUAUGGUCAUCUACAGAUGAAGCACGAAGAAUAAUUACGAAAUACUUGGGUUUUCCGAAGAUUGAUCAAGUAAAACGAAAAGUCAAUCAAGAGACUUUCACAAGGCAAAGAAUCGAAAAGGUGCAAGAGAAACUGAAAAGACAACAAAGAGAGAACCGUCAUAAAGAAAUGACGUAUAUCAUGUUUCAAUCCAUGAUAAACCCACUAACAGCAUUGUCAAAUUUGAAUGUGGAGGGUUUUGAGGACCUAACUAGGGUUGCCAGUCAAUACUUAAUGGAGGUUGAAAAGUUGAUGGAGAUUCGUCUUAGAGACUCCUCUUCCUCUUCCUCUUCCUCCAUUAAUGGAGUUUUCGCCUCCCAACAUGGGAUUUGA